GUCACUCGCACUUAAGUACAAACGUAAGUGGAUUGUCAGAAGUAAUGAAUUGACAUUCUAAGUAUAUAGGUACUUUAGGUUAAAAUUAUUUCGAAGGAUCACUCAAAAUGACCUUUCAGAAAUCGUCAGUAACCUUAACAAGCUAUUAUAUAGUCCUCCUAGUAUUGUGACAACAACAUAAGCUAAUCCUAAAAUAUUUUGUCCACCUUAACAAAUUGGUUUCUUAAAGAGGAAAACGGAAUGGAUUAAGUUCGGUGCUAAAAUACUUGGUUUUCGCAAAUGCUAAUUAUUGACUAUCUUUGGAAUUGACAUCUGAAUUAUGUCUUGAAAAAUACUACUCAAAUCUAUGAACUAAUCUUCAUAAUUAUAUCUUUUGUCCAUAACUAUCUGCCAGAAUCUCUACGGUGAAGUAAGCUGGGAUAGGGUUCUGGUAAUCUUAUGAGGGUUACUGAAAGCUACUAAUUGGAUAUUUCCAUGGAGAUUUGGCAGUUCCUGCAGUGCAUAAAUUAUUGUAGUCUUCUGUAUGGAGGCAUAUAAUAGUUGUCAUUAUCACAAGCUAAUGUAGAUCAUAAUGGCCAAAUUGCAGUAUGCAAAUUUCUUGAAAAAAUGUGCUGGUAGCAAGUCUUUCUAAGUCAGCGAAUAAUUUUCGUUUUAACAUUUAUGUUGGUCAUCGUUGAUGCCAAAAGCAAAACAAAUUUCCUUCAUCUCCGCUCGAAUCAACACUUUACUGAUUCUUGUGAUAUUGGUUUACUAUAUUUAGUUGCAAAACUAAACCAUACAUUUUUCACUGUUUUCGUGGAAACUGUAUGAUAACUGAGCUUUGAACAUAGUAAGUAUUUAAAUCUGGCUUUAUUGAAAUUAAUCUGGCUAUUCUUUGACUUUAUGACAAGUGAUUAUUUAAUAUGACAUUUCAUCUUUGAAAUUUACGUUAAAUGCACAACUUAAGUAGUUACCUUAUUCCAGAUGCUCCGCCCACGUGCUCUUACUUCUGCCUUAAGAAAGAUGAAUACUGGCGGAAUACAAUCAGUUAUGUUAUUUAAUCCUGAAGGUGUUCUUCUUGCCUACACGAGCCUUGCUGGUGAUAGUGAGCGAUCUAAAGCCGCAAUCGCAGCUAAUGUUUGGAAUAUAUAUCAGCGCCAACUAGAGUCCAGUGAAUCGGAUACUGUCCAGGAAAUAAUCUUGAAAUUGUCUGAAGGCAGACUAAUAAUUACACGUGUAGCGUCAGUUCUUCUUUGCCUCCAUGCCUCCAAAGAUGUGGGUUUGGGAAUGUUACGAGCUAAGAUGAAUGCUCUUGUACAAAAUUUACAAGAGCCAUUGAGUAUUAUUGCAGCUUCCUAA